AUGGAAGAAUUAAGACAAGCUAAUCAGGAGCUCCAUGAGGAAAUAUCGCGUUUAGCCCAAUCAAAUAGGAGCAUAGAACAACGAGUAUAUACUUUAGAAAGGGCUAUUGCUAUAUGUGAAGAAAGAAUCCGAUUUCUUGAAGAGGAACUAGAAAAUACUAUCGAAUUUUCUAAUGAAGAAAAAGAGGAAAUGAUGAAAGAAAUCAUAAAUUUAAAAAGAAUUGUUCAACAACUUGAAAAAGAAAAUAAACAAAAAGAUGAAAAAAUAUCUAUUAAGGAUAAGUUAAUAAUGGAAUUUGAUGAAUGUGAAAAAAAAUUAAAAAUCAGAAUUCGAGAAAUAUCCAAAUCAGCAGGUAAUACCCCCAAGGCAUUGAAUUAUACAUCAAAAUUAGUAGAUGAAAAUGAGCGUCUUAAGCGUGAAAUAAGUAAAUUACAAUAUAUUCUUAUAAAUAGAAAUAAUAAAAUAGAUCUGCAAAAAGCACGUAUAACUGAUUUACAUUGUCAAAAUUUUGCAUUAGCAUUAUUAAGAUAUCGGGAUAAAUUAGAACUUAUAAAUACUCAAGAAGCUUUACAAAAUUCACAAAUAUGGAAUUCUAAUGUUAUAAUAUCUGAAAAUGAAUCUGAUGAAAAUUCACAAGACAGUAAUAUAUCAGAAGAAAUGUCAACAAUAGUCGAGUUAGCCGAUACUAUAGAUGGAUAUUUGGAUAAUCCAGGAACAAAUAGAGAGAUUUUAUCUAAUCAAAUAAAAAGGGUUACAAGACAAAUACGCCAAGCUCUUAUAAUUUCGCAAUCAAUAUUUCCUAUACCUGAUACACAAAAAAUGAUUGAUAAGGCAUUAGCGAAACAAAAAUCCAAUUAUGAUGCUGAGAUAGAAAAAUUAAGAAAGGAAUUCCAAUCACAAAAAGCACAGAAAAUACAGGCACCAAUUCUGCAAACCAUUGAACCGGUUAGACAGUCAAGAGGCCCCCCAUCAAAUUUAAAAACAGAAGAUUAUAAAAAUUAUUAUGAAACAAAAUACUUUAACAAUUUAAGUAUAUAUAGUAAUGAAGAUUUAGAUUCACAUUAUCCUAAAAAACCUUUUCAAAGAACAAACCAAUCCACUAGAAUUGAUAGAAUAGAAUCAAAAGUAGACGAAAUUGGACAAAUGACAUCUCAAUUUAGAAAAAUG